UUAGUUUUCAGUCCAGGCCAGGGGCGGACUGACCAUUUGGAAUCUCGGGCACUGCCCAAGGGCCGGGGGUCAGUAGGGGGCCCCAUGAGAUGCCCCUGGUACCUUUUUCAUAAGCUUUUUUCAGUUUGGGCAAGGACACAGGGGCCCCAUGAUCCCCUAUUGCCCGGGGGCCCCAUGAGUUGUCAGUCCACCCCUGGUUCAGGGGUUGAUAAUGGGGCACUAUUCCCCUUACAAACAAUGAUAGGGUAU